GGAAAAUGUAAGUCAACUUUGGUGACAUAGGUAGCCAAAUCAAUUCUCUUAAGCCUUUCCACAUAUACCGGAAAUCAGAAUGUUAUAAUUCACCCUACUCACAGAGCGCAGCGCUUCCGUUGCGCACCACGACAAGUCUCAAGACGCCUUUCAGAUCAGAACCGACAUGGCUAACCAGAUUUGAUACUACUUGUAACGUCCAUGCCAUCCACGGCUAAUAGGCGACCCACGCCCGUUCUCUCAGCCCGUGGGCCUCAUUCCAUCUAACGAGCGAUGCAUUAAUUUUCUUAAAGUCCGAAAGUCUUGUUUACUAACCAUGCAAUCACCAUCCGACUUAUUUCCGUGCUUUGGCCUCACUCGCACGGUAUCACGAAUCACUUUCCGAUAGAUCACCCAUCCUUUCAAUACUUCAGUCCAGUCACGCUUAACCCUGGAGUUCUAAACGAAUGGGUGAUGGAAAAGAUAAAUCAACUUUGGUGACAUAAAUAACCAAAACAAUUCUCUUAAACCUUUUCAUAUAUACCAACAAAUCGGGAUGUUACAAUUGAUAUUUUUGAAAGAAAUUGCUCAACAUUUUUCAAAAGAAGUUUUCCCUCAUUGGAGGUUGCCUCUACGGAAAGCAUCCACUACUGGGCCAUUGACUUUCACGUCACGCCAGUCUUUAAGGUGAAUCUUUAUCCCAAUUCUUGGGUUUUCAUCUAUUCUUUAUUAAGACAAAACAUAGUGAUAGGAACAAUCUUCAUUUAAAGGUGUGUCUCACUCUCUAACUUGUUCUUUUGAUUAUUAUUCCUAUGCAGUGCAUCAUAUCUUUUGUUUCAUUGAAAAUUAAGGCUCGUCGAAGCAAGGAAGUAUGUUGUAAACAAACUUUGUUUAGUUUCUGUGCUACAUAAAAAUUUGUUUGAGAAAAUACUUGAAAACAUUUAAUCAUAAAAAUACUUGAUACAAAGACGAAGUUGAUCUCUUACACUAGAAUCUCCUCUUAGAUUAUUCCAAACACAGAGACAUUGUUUUGUUUUGAUAGUUAGAAGUUACUGUUGGUAUCUAAGGAGGUGAUUAGAUUCGUCUAUGUUCGAAUGAAAAUGUGUAGGUGCAUGUAUGGGAUGUCAGCAAACAACAUGAGCCUACAAAUGCUUCUAGAAAAGGUCUCUCGAUCACGGCAAUGGAGAUGUCUCAGGAGCACGCAAGUGUGAAACAUAUCCAAUACAUUCAUGCAAACAAAAUAAUUCUCCUGACUCUAGAAUUCCAAGCAUAUGUACAUCAAAUACAAAUGGAUUAGAUUUCGAAAAUUGUUACUGAGAGGUCUGUAUUAAGAAUGGGGGUUGAAAUGGAAUAAUGGUUCAUUAGUGUGUGUUAGAUCUCUCGCUAGACUUACCAUACCACUCAAUGUUUAAAUCAACAUAUUGCAUAUUACAAAAAAAAAAAACUCUAAGUACGUGUUUACCAUCUAAAUUCUACGGAGUAUAUUCAAUUUAAUUAGAAUUUAAAAUCUUCUUUUCAGGGAGUUUUUAAUUGAUUUUAGGUGAACAGUGAACUCAGAAUUCACACUGAUUUUUGUUAAAGUUUUAUCUAAAAAUAUGAAAUUUAGAUUUGUAUUUUUAACUAAAAAACUCUAUCAAAGCACUCAAAAUUAAUUAAAAUAAUUUUAGAAUGCAGGUCCUAAAAUAUUUUCAAUAACAUUGAAUUUCAAAAUACUUAAUCAAACAAAAUAACACUGAAUUUAAAAAAAAAAACUAUAUUUGAAUAACACUGAAUUUUUCAUUUCAAUACAAACUAUUUCAUUCAAUUUAAUACACCCAUACAUUAGAAUUUGACUAGUUCAAACGACUGAUCUUAAAAUUAUUACAAGGGUUGUCCUAACAUUCGAUUCUCAAUCGUCAGGCGCAUACAGCCACAAGUGGUCGGAGUUGGACCAAAAACCCCACGUGAAUGGUGGAAUAAAUACCUAUCUAUGUGGUCCAAUAAAGACUAUCGAGUCUCGUUAUCUGUCGUAUAGUUAAAAACAAAGUGACUCAAUUGCAUGCACUUUCAGAAUGUUCUACAUGUACCUUAUACAAGUCAGUCAUAUAUGAUGCGUACAUGUACCAGACAACCGAUAAUAGUCACGAGUGUUCGUGAGGCGUGAGCCACGGUUCGACACCAACGCAAAUUCUUGAUGUUGACGUUUUCUUGUAACUUGUGAAAGAAGAUACAAUGUAUAUAAUAUUGCAGCCUUUUUUACGUUUUCCACGACGAACGUAAAAUCUAAAACUUCUUGUUCUAUGAUAUUUGCAAUCGUCAUGCUCAGUUUUUUUUAACAGAAUAUAGAAUAUGAAGAAUUUAAGGAAUGGACUUCUACGUUUUAGAAAAGUCAACUCUGUUAUUUUGUUGCUAUAUAUUUAAAUUGUUGACGUUAAAGUUAAACAAACAUAAAAUUUCUGUGAGUUUUAAUAGAUUUUUUUAAAAAUAUUAAAUAUAUAACUAUAACUUGAUAAAUGAUAAUAGCUUUAGAAACCCAAAACACUUUCUAUUUUUUCGAUUCAAGCACUUUCUAAUCUUUUCGGUUUUCUUUUAACUUGCCUAGGUUCAGCUCAAUCACACGUUUCGUCUAGCGAGCGAGUUUCCGAACAAUCAUAGUAGGUUAGUGUAUUUGCAAAACAUGUUACAUAUUGCAGCAAUAAAAUAAUGGCAAUAGCCUAAACACAUAUAUAAAACUAGGAAAGAGCAUAUAGAAAAGAUGUAACUAAUUCAAACUAUAACAUCCAUGAUUGCAUUGAAAACUAAUGCACGUGUAUGUUUGAUAGUGAAUAUUCUUGUUUGUGGAAUUCAAAGUUCGACAAAGUCUGUCCUCAAGUAAACGCAGCCGCCACCUCUUACCUUCCACCACCACCACUUGUGAUACAUCAUUAUGGAUAUUUAUAUACACACAAUGUAAUACAAAACCAUACGUUAAUUUUUAAAUGGAUCAUGAAGAUGAGGAGAUAGAGAUCCCUAAUUACUUCAUCUGCCCAAUUUCACUAGACAUUAUGAAAGAUCCAGUCAUAGCCGUUUCUGGCAUCACUUACGACCGUGAAAGCAUAGAUAAAUGGCUUGAGAAGGUCUCUUCUUGUCCCGUGACGAAGCAGCCUCUUUCUUCUGACUCCGACCUUACGCCUAACCAUACGCUUCGCCGUCUUAUCCAACAUUGGUGCGUGGAGAAUGCGACGCUUGGUGUUGUUAGAAUCCCUACGCCUAGAAUUCCUCCGGGGAAGCCUAACGUAGUCGAGGAGAUCAAAAAUCUCAAAAAGUUUGGAGACGAAGCAUUAGCAAGAGAAGAUACGUUGAGGAAGCUAGAAGUUUUGGCUAUGGAGGGAGAGACAAAUAGGAGACUGAUGCAUGAAGGAGGCGUACAUAGGUUAUUGAUCUUGUUCGUAGUCAAGUGUACCCGUAAAGAAGAAGAAGAAGAGGCACAACGUCGUAUCAAAGUGCAGCUAGAUGAGUCUUUACGUCUUCUUCACAUGAUCGGUGUUCCAUUAAACGACGCAAGAACAAUCUUGAUGGAAAACGAUCAGAUCUUGGAAUCAUUGAGUUUGGUUCUAAACCAACAAAACUUCCUCAACAAAGCUUACACAAUCGUGCUUUUGAGGAAUCUAACUGAAAACACUUCCUCUCAUAUCGUGGAGAGAUUGAAUCCCGAGAUUUUAAAAGGGAUCAUAGGUUUCCUCAAGGAAGUAGUAAGUAGUUUCAACCGAACUAGCCCUAACGUGAGUGACACGGCGCAGUCAUCAAACCCUAGAGUGAGAAACAAGGUACAUUCAAAACUUGAUUAUAACUUGGUUAUUAAACAAGCUGUGACCGCCGCGCUGAUGAUUCUUCUAGAGACCUCUUCGUGGAGCCGCAACAAACACAUCCUUAUUGAACUCGGUGCUGUUUCCCAACUCAUCGAACUCGAGAUAAGCUCAACUGGCGAGAAGAGAGCCACGGAGCUUGUGUUAGGAGUCUUGUCUCGUCUAUGUUGUUGUACAAACGGUAGAGCCGAGAUUCUUGCUCAUGGAGGUGGACUCGCUAUAAUGACAAAACGGUUGUUGGGAGUUUCGAUUGCAGCUGACGAUAGAGCUCUCUUUAUCCUAAGCACGGUGUCUAAAUUGUCUCCGGAGAAGGCCGUGGUGGAAGAGAUGGUUUGCGUUGGGACGGUGGAGAAGCUUUGUACCGUUCUGAGAGUGGACUGUGGUUUGAGUUUGAAAGAGAAAGCUAAAGAGAUACUUAGUGAUCAUUUUGAUGAGUUGAAGAAGUUUCCAUGCAUUGACGUAAGAUUACUAACUAAGUUUUUAAGCUCUUCACACGAAGAUCUACUCGCCGAGUUUUACUCAAAACUUAAUGUUUAGCUUUUUCUCCUUUGUGUACUAAAUUAGAACAGGGGUACUAAUCAAUCUGCUGAACCAACGAAAGUACUGAUUCAAUGGCAACUUUUGCUAUCACCAAAAUGAUGAUGUAUAGUUUGGGCAUGCGGAUUCAGUUAGUACGGUUUAUUCAGUUAAUCUUAAUCUUGCCUAAUUAAUCCAAAACAAAGUUCGGUUCGCUAUUUUAUUAAUUCAGUUUUUGAAAUUUCCAGUAGACUUAACCGAAGGUUUUGAUUUCAUUACAAAUCGAGAUAAGUGCAGUUAAUUACUAUAAGCUCAGUUGAAAAUUUAAUUAGUUUGAUUCAGAUUUUUGAUUAGAGUGGGUAAUGGUUUGGUUACAAAUUUUUUUUGAAAAA